AUGGCUCCCCACCCACCGGUCCUCCUGCUACUGCUCCUCGCGCCGCUCCUCCUCUGCUCGCUGCUCCCCGAUGCGGCGCGGGCGGCCGGCGCCGAGGACACCGGGGUGACCAUCGUGCGCAAGGACGGCACGACCUGCACGCUCUGCGCCUCCUGCGGGAACCCCUGCAACCCCAACCCGGGAUACAACUACCCGUCGCCACCUCCUCCGGCUCCGGUGACCCCCGCGGCGCCGGUGUACCCGCCUCCCACUUCCUACCCAGCUCCCUCCGGUGGAGGAGGCGGUGGCGGUGGCUACUUCUACCCUCCGCCCACCGGCGGGUACGGAGGAGGAGGCGGCGGCGGCGGGUCGCAAGGAGGACAAGGAGGAGGAGGUGGAGGCGGUGCGUACCCGACGCCCCCGCCGCCCAACCCGUUCCUACCCUACUUCCCCUUCUACUACUACAGCCCGCCACCCCAGCUCAAGGGCUCGGCGCCGGCCGUCUCGUCGUCCGCCGCGGCGACGCUACUGCUGCUCGGGCUCUCCGGGCUGCUGCUGUGGUGA